CAUCAACCCCCUCUCCAUCACUGCACCCUCCCCCAUCACAAAGACCAUCGCAGAGUGUCUCUAAGAUGGCUGCCUCUCUCAGCGAAGACCAAAUCUCCCAGUUCAGGGAUGUCUUUAAGAUCUUCGAUAAAGAUGGAAACGGAGACAUAAGUGCCGAGGAACUUGGCGAAGUCAUGCGCUCUCUCGGCCAGAAUCCUACCGACACCGAGUUGAGGGAUAUGGUCGACGAACUGGAUUUGGACCGGACUGGGACUAUUGAUUUUGAAGAAUUCCUCGUCAUGAUGUCUCGCAAAGUCAAAGACGCAGACCCCGAGGCAGAGCUCCGCGGGGCCUUUGAAGUCUUCGACCAGGACAAGAACGGCACUAUCAGUGCGGAUGAGCUCCGGAAGGUGUUGACAUCUAUCGGGGACGAUGUUACGGAUGCGGAUGUCGAUGAGAUGUUGAAGCUGGCGGAUGUUAAUGGCGAUGGAAGCAUUGAUUACCAGGAAUUUGUGAGGUUGAUGUCGCAGAACUGAGGUGAUGGUUUGCUGUUGGAUUCCCGCUAUACUUUUUAAUCCAUUCGUUUCAAACUACUCUAGUAUAGCAAAAUUGAAUAAUCUGGUC